AUGGCGCGCCCGUCCGGCCGGCUGCUGCUGGAGCUGGCGCUGAACGCCGCCGCCCUGCUCGCCGCCCUCGGCUGCGGGGCCUUUGGCGGCCAGUGCAUUCUGUACGGGUCAGUGCGCUACAACGGGACGCUGAGCCUCCUGAGUUCCAGCCCUCCCUCGCUCUGCUACUUCAUCUCCGCCAUCUCUGCGCUGACGGCCAUCUUCACCCUGGUCGCCCUGCUCCGCUGCAUCUACAGCAUGUGUUACGGUGACGGACACUUGACCCACCCCUGGAUCAAGACCUCCUUGGUGGUCUCAGCCACCCUCCUCUUCUUCCUUCUCGUCUCCGCCUGCGUUCUCCGCGUUGGCAUGGAUGUCUUCUGCGGCUCCAUUCGGAAGUCCAAAGCUGCAGCAAGCUGCCAAGAGGCUCAGCGCCGUUCCUGGGUCCCGUCUUAUCAGGCUGGAAAGUUCUACGACAACCUCUACGCUGCCCAGGCAACGGCUUGGGUGAACUUCCUGUUCUGGUUCUUGAUGUCCUUCCUGCUCUUCGUGGAAUGCAUCCGCAAAGCCCCCUACCAGCCCCUCCAGGAGGACAACCCCCAGGCUGACAAGACAGCACCCACCCCUGAUGACCAGUCUCCUUGAGGACGAAGGAAGGAGGCACCACGAUGGGUCCUCCCGUUCGGACAGUCUGCCACCUCCUACCCAGGUAGCAGAGGGCCCCGACUUCCAUGCUUUGACAAGAGCCUGGACUAUUGAAAGUCUCUCUCUUGGGUUACCCAGAAUGACGUCUGGAAAGGUCACAACUGGAGCACCUCUGGAAUUUGCUACAGCUACAGCUUUCCUCAUUCCCAUUCCCAACCCAGUCACGUUCUCCUGAAGGUCACUACCGAAUAGAGGGUUCCCACAAACAAGUUCACAACACACGAGGGCUACACGGGAAGGACAAUCUUGCAAUUUAAGGUUUUGUAUGUCGAAUGAACUGAUUAAUGUGUUGCAGCAACAUGGCCCACUUUAUUGGCAAACACACAGCCAACUUGAUUUUGUGCCUUGAGACCACUAACACCACCAACUCUGCUUCUUUUGAUGUUGUCUACCUCCACACGGGAAGCAUCAACAUGGUGACGGUGUUGAAUUAGGUCGGGGGAUUCCUCCGCUAAAAUCUCCACUCUCCCAUCAUGCACAUUCACCAGUGAAAUGGAGGCGCUCCCUUCCAGCUAGGCUACCCCACCAGGAAAAAUCCCAUCAUCCUCGGCUUCUGGAGGAAUCCUGGGGUCAAACCCUGAAGGAAUGGUCCACAUUACCUCAUUGGGGGAAAGGGGGGGUCAAUUGGGGGGAAAAACUGGCUCUUUUCUCCCAUUUUGUCCAGAUCUGCAGCUUUUCACGCUGAUGGAACCACUCUGAAGCAGACCAAUACACUCUUUUUCCUUAACUGUU